ACAAAAAUUUCAUUUUCAAUAAUUCAAAAUCAAUUUUUCGUGUUUUUAGUGUUUUUUACCUCAAGUUUUUCAAAGUUAAUGCUUUUUACUUGUGUAUAACCUAUAAAUACUACGACCAUAAAAAGUAAUUACUCUCUAACUCACUAAAAAGUGCUCUUUUCACUGAAAGUUUCCAACGGGGUAUUGAUUUUUCUCCUCAACAAGUUUAACAAGGAAAUCAAAAGUUUAGACUAAAAAUUACUAGUUUGCAGCAAGUAAAUAAUAAAUAUGCUCCCCCGUUCUUAUUAUACCGAUCAAGAUAUUCAACGGAAGCGUCAAAUUGAUACAUUAAAAAUCUUCAACGAUAAUGUAACAGAACUGAGUGAAAAUACGGAAUAUAGAGUGGAAUUUAGUGCUGACGGCCGGAAUUUAAGCUUAAACGUAGUUUUAAACCCGGAUUUUCCAAAUGAGAAACCGAGUAUAUUUGUCAACCCGGUUUUCCCUCAUCCCUGGUUGGCAGAAAACUCAAACCAAGUGGUUGGUGCUCCAGGGUUGGUGAAUUACACUCCGCAUUCGGAUCUGGGGCGUGUAGUUCAAGCUAUAAUACGCGAGUUUCAGAGAUGUGUACCAAAUCUGACCCAUGAAGAUAAGUCUACGGAUACAAGUCCUCAGUCACAUUUUAGUGGACAGUCAUUAAUGUUUCCCGAGUUAAGUGAAUUGACAGUAGAAGAGUUGCAGGAAAUUAUUGAGAAUCCAGACUUGCAGGACAAACUGUUAGAAACCAAUCCACAGCUGGUAGAAUUAGACCUAGAAACAGAAGAACUAAUGACAAGCAUAGAAGAAAUAGCCCAGGACAAUCUCAUAAAACAGCAAAUGCUUGACACUCUCAAAUCUGAGGUGUUAGACAGAAUCUCAACAAUAGUCCAAAUGAAGAUGAACUAUGAGGAACUGAAUAGGAAACAUCAGAAGCUGUCAGAGAUGUAUGACCCUCAUCGGAUCAGAGAUUGUCUGCGGGAGGCUGCGCUGAAAGCUGAUGAAGAUGCAGAGGUUAUAGCGGAACAGUUUUUAUUGGGUAACAUUCCAGUGGAGACCUUUAUAGCGAAAUUCGCUGAAAAACGUGCCCUAGGGCAGGCAAGGCGCGCCAGGGAAGAGAGACUAGCUCAUCAGCUAACGCAGCUGGACAAGGCUACCACAUAGAAUUAUUGUCUUCCAACAUAU